GUUUCACAAUGAGCAGGACAUGCUCAAGAUAUGGAUGAUGGAGCGUGGACGAUUGAUGAUCGUGUGAAGAUUGGUGGCUGAACCUUGGAUUCGCGGGGGACACCAUCAGGUGCAGUUGCCAUGGCUACCGCGGGAAUAGAGGAAUAAAUCAGCGGCAAUGAACACCUUGGUGGCUGGAGUUCCUGCAAAGAUGUUGGCUUCGGAGCUAUUCAACAGAAGACCAGACCAGCUCCACUAUAAUCUAAAUUACUAAAGAAAAAUUAAGCUAACUUUUAAAGUAAGAAGGUAGAAAAAUAAAUUAUCAUAACUAAAGGUCAAGAGAAACUAGGGAACUAAACUAUCUAGGGGAUAAUUAUUAGCCUUCCACCCGGUAACCAAGAAGGUUUCUCCAUGCCAAGGAUUUCACCAAAUGACUCUUCAAAGCAUGGCACGACCAAGGUUUCAAUUAACAAGCCUCCUCUUGUCCUCAAAAUCCACCAAAGCCUGCGCAGAAUACUCCAUGUAAAAGAAAAAGGAGUAGGCGAAAAGAAUAAUUGGUUGACCGACCAUAAUAGAAAGUACAUAGGAGCUAUUUAUAGGCUCCAGAGUAUCCUCAAAGUUUAAAAAUAAGUACAAAAACAAUCUCCUAGUAUUUACUAAGUAUUCGCGCCAAAAGGAUGAUUCUAGCCACUAGACUUGCUCAUCGGCAAUUGAUGCUUAGGGCAUGUAAGCGAGCUUGGCUUGGCCCGACCGACUAGCAAUUAUGGCCUCUCUAUGUUGCUAAAAUUAUAGCACAUACUAUCGAUUACCACCUUUGUUAUUGACCUAAAUUACGGUACUUGCCCCUUGUACUUAGGCUUCCCGCCGUAUAUGGCUGGUUGUCAUGAGAGAAAUCAGCACCAUUCAUUUUACGAUGGUCAAUAACUAGAAAUUUAAAAGAUUAUAUUGCAAAAAUUUUAAGAGGCACCAUAGCAAAUUCCAUAUUUCUAUAUAUAUAUAUAUAUAGAAAACACACACACAUGAAAAGAAAACAAAAUUGCUGGUAGGCUAGUAACUUGUGCAACUUGUGAAAAAAAAUGAAUGAAAUAAAGAGCAAUGCUACAGAUAUCUUCCACCCAAUCAUAGAUGCACUGAGUUUGGAUCCACUAGCCAAUAGCCUGGUUGCUAGCCCAACCCAACUAAAGGAGCUUGGACUAGUUAAACAAAUAGCAAGCCGAUAUUUAUAAGAAAAAUAAAGAAUCUAUAAAUCUCAAAAGAAUAUCUAAAGAGCCAGAAGAGAGGAAGAGUGUGGUUUCUUUCCAUGCAAACUUUUUCAUUGCCUAAAGACUACGAAUGCUCGUAAAUCGAUCUCUCCGCCCUCUCCAUUCCAAAACCAACGCUCUCUCCUCUCUCGCCCGCCAACUUGUGCACCAAACCCCGGCAGAUUCAAAUUUGAAAUCCCUAUGCCUCAACGGUCGAUUGAAGGAGGCCCUGUUUGAAAUGGCCGUUCUAGGAACCGAAGUAAAAUUUAGCUGCUACGAUUCUCUCAUCACGGAAUGUCUGAACCAGAGGGCCCUCAGAGAAGGCCAGAGGAUCCACGCCCACAUGAUCAAGAGCCACUACCUUCCUCCCGUGUAUCUCGGGACGAGGCUUGUGAUCAUGUACUCGAAGUGCGACUCGUUGGAGGAUGCUCGGAAUGUACUCGAUGGAAUGCCUGAGAGGAAUAUAGUAUCGUGGACUGCCCUGAUUUCAGGUUAUUCUCAGAGGGGACGCCACGCCGAGGCUCUGGAGCUAUUUGUUCGGAUGUUGCGAACUGGUCUGCUGCCAAACGAAUUCACUUUGGCUACUGUGCUUACCUCUUGUGCUGUUCCUUGUGGGUUUGAGCAUGGCAGGCAGGUGCACUCCCUUGUAGUGAAGACAAACUUCGAAUCCCAUAUAUUCGUCGGAAGUUCCCUUCUUGACAUGUAUGCAAAGGCCAAUAAAAUCCAUGAAGCUCGAAGGGUUUUUGACAUGUUGCCUGAAAGGGAUGUUGUUUCUUGUACUGCGAUUAUUUCUGGAUAUGCCCAGUUGGGCCUUGAUGACGAAGCCUUGGAGCUAUUCAGGAAGCUGUAUGAAGAGGGAAUGGAAUGCAACUAUGUUACAUUUGCUAGUCUUCUAAAUGCAUUGUCUGGGCUUUCUGCUCUGGAUUACGGCAGGCAAGUGCAUGGUCUAACAAUUCGACGCAAACUACCAUUUUAUGUUGUUCUACAGAAUUCUCUGAUCGAUAUGUACUCCAAAUGUGGGAGCCUGAUAUAUGCAAGAAGAGUCUUUGACAGCAUGCCUGAGAGGACUGUGAUCAGCUGGAAUGCAAUGCUCGUGGGAUUAGGUAAGCAUGGAUUAGGGAGACAGGUUCUUCAACUUUUUAAGUCUAUGCGUGAAGAACUGAAACCCGAUGGUGUCACUUUUAUGGCUGUUUUGUCUGGCUGUAGCCAUGGUGGAUUGAUUGACGAGGCUUUAGAUGUCUUUGAUUAUAUGCUUAAUGAGCAAGGCCUGAAGCCAGAACUUGGACAUUAUGGUUGUGUUGUUGAUCUUCUUGGACGUGCUGGAAGGAUAGAAAAGGCUGUUGAUUUCAUAAAAGAUAUGCCAUUUGAGCCAACAGCAGCUAUGUGGGGUUCAUUACUAGGUGCUUGUAGAGUUCAUGCUAAUGUUUCGGUUGGAGAAUUUGUUGCUCAGCGGCUUCUUGAGAUUGAGUCAGAAAAUGCUGGAAACUAUGUAAUUCUCUCUAAUAUAUAUGCUGCAGCCGGAAGGUGGGAAGAUGUGGUCAGGGUGCGUGAGUUGAUGAAGGAGAAGACAGUGAUGAAAGAGCCAGGAAGGAGUUGGAUCAAUCUCGAUAGAACCAUCCAUACAUUUCAUUCUGGUGAUCGUUCCCAUCCUCAGAAGGAAGCAAUGGAUUCCAAGCUGAAGGAGCUAUUUGUGAAGAUCAAAGAGGCUGGUUAUGUUCCUGAUCUGAGCUGUGUAUUGCAUGAUGUGGAUGAUGAGCAGAAGGAGCGCAUGCUUCUUGGGCACAGCGAGAAAUUGGCAAUAACAUUCGGACUGAUAGGCGCUUUUAGAGGUGGGAUGAUUCGGGUUACAAAGAAUCUUCGUAUCUGUGUUGAUUGCCAUAAUUUUGCCAAGUUUGUGUCAAAGGUAUAUGGAAGAGAUUUAUCUCUGAGGGAUAGCAACCGCUUCCAUCUGAUCAUAGGAGGGGUAUGCUCUUGUGGGGAUUACUGGUGAAUGGUAAAGUCUCAUGCUCCUCUGCUGUCCUCUACCCAGUGGACUGGUGAAUGCUAUAACACAUGGUGCAUGUUGACACUUAGCAUAAUUUAUAUCUCCCCUACUGAUUCUUGAACAUCUGCAAUUUAGAAUUUUGGAUCAAUAGAGAGUUAUAACGUGGUGCUAUUUAUAUGUAAAGAUGGAAGAUAUGGAGUUCUUGCAGGAGAGAUAUUGGAUGACUGUAAAUUCUAUCUCAUUAUGGUUGGAAGCAAUCUAUAGGUGAGCAGGAGCGAUGGAAUCAAUACAGAACUUUUAGGAGAAGAUGGGAUCGAUAUCAGUCUGCAAUAUUCAGAGUAGUCGGCUUUGCAAUGUAUUUGGUUGCUGAGAAAAGGCUACGAUUUAAAAUCAUCUAUUAAGAGUCUGACAUUUGCUUUUUGGAAGGAUGAAAAAGACAACUGAUUAUUUCAUUCAUGAGUUGUAGCUGCAUCUGCAUUAAAGAGAGAAAAUAGGGGAGCAGAAUGGUGUUGAUCAUCAGAUUAACUAGAAAAUUCUUAUGUGUGGAUCCCCAAAUGCUUCAAAGAUUUAUAAAUUUACAUGGUGUAGAGAAUAAAACAAUAUGACGACAAUAAUGUCAUCUGGCGGUGUUUCAAGCCCAAUGGUGGUGAUUUAGAAGUCAGCAAUGGCUAAUUUUUGAGACAUGCUUAUGCGAUGAAGGCGUUGAAAAGAGAAGUUUGUUUUUUCAUUUUCGAGCUUGCAGUCAUAGUAGCCAUCCAUGCAGAAACCAAUCAGCCGAAGCAGCCAUUAACCAUGAGGGUAAUUGCAAAUGAUCAUCAAUACAAGUGCAAGCAUGAAGUUUCAUCUUCCAUCUGUUCUAUUCCAUAAUAUUGAUGCUAGUGGGCUCAGUUUCUGCACCAAAUUGCAGUCAUCUACCAGGGCAAGUAAGUCUCUCCUUAUCAUUAAGGAUACAAGAAAAAAGAUUUUGUCAACGCUUUUAAAUGUUAUGAUGAAUACAUUCUUUAAUUUCAGGGGCUGUUGGGAUGUCUUGAUCCCAUAUCCGUGUAUUAUCUCAUACAGGAAAGAAAGAAGGAAUUAGAAAGUGGAUGCAAUCAGUUAGUCCACUGACCUCAUAACAUAGAUUCCAGGAUAAAGGGAUGCAUAUCUAGGAUUAGUACUAUCCUAGAUAAUAUUCUUCGGAAAAUUGUGGCACUAGGUAACAAUAAAUCCUGAAAAUAGUAUUUCAAAAUGGAAACUACCGUAGAUAUGCUGCCCCAACAACUUUCAAAAGUUACAGACGUGCACGCAAAGUGGAAAUUUACCACAUUAGAUGGAUAAUAUCUUUUGUGAUUAUCCUAAAAUCCAAGCAAGCAUUUCAAAUGCUCUGAUGGUGCAGUACUUUACCUCCAUUCAUGGCUUCUAAAUGUAACUUCUUUUCCUCAUGUAUACACUCCUUUUGGUUCAGGUACCGCUCGGUUGAAGGAAGAGGAACAAGAGAAGCAUACGAAAGUUCAUAAAUCAUCAUGUAAGUAAUAAACAAUAAAAUAUACAUAUUUGUUGAGGUAAGAUCUUUAAUUACAUGGAUAUCAAGGGAUGUCGGUGGGCCGCAUUGCAUUAUGUUGGGGUUGAGUUAUUAGGCCGAGCCUGCUGAAAAUCUUGCCUAUUCAUCUAUCUUAUGUGUGUGACUGUCACUGAUCAGUUAUUACCUAAUUAUUAAGCUGGCUAUAUCAUAGCAGGAUGAAAAAUUAUUGCCUACACUAUAUGCACCAUGUGGCCAUGCAUCAUGUCGAUCGCCUUGUAUUAUUCCUAUAGGCUAUAGGAGAUAUUUUAUCUGGUGCUGAGGAUAUCUAAGUCUUGGGAUUAAAACUAAUUUUUUUUGCCUGUUUUUCAAGAUUUUUUAUUUAUUUAUUUAUUGCUUCUCAUGUUUUUGAUGCUUUCUAUCGUUCUUUAGCUUAGAUCCGUCGGGUUGAGUUUCAGAGGAUGACAAUCUUUGAUUCAUUUUUUUUCAAAAUUUGUGAGUCCUUUUGCUCGUUUCUUAGAUUUAAAAGAGAAAGAGGAACGGCGAAUGUCAAAUUCUUAGGUUAGAACUAAAUUUUCACUACCUUCUCUCAAGGUUCUUGAGCCUUUGAAUAUUUUCUUUGCUUGUCAAGUUUUUGGUACUCUUUCCAUUGUUCUCUUUUAUCUGUUUGGAUUUGAUAGAGUUUGUCAUGAUGCCAAGUUCUUCGGUUUAGAAUUAAAUUUUUGAUUCUCUCUUUUUUCAAGAAUCUUGAGCGUUUGCUAGUUUUCUUUAUUUGUCUUGUGUUUUCUGUGUUAACGUGCUACAGAGGAGGUUGAAAUUCUCUGAAUUAAAGUGAACUUUUAACAUAUCCUUUGUGCUCUUUCUAUUGUUAACUAACCAGUUGACUAUGCUUACAUAUAAUUAAAAACAGAAGACAGUGACUAGAUUCAUCGAGGAAGGAUAACCCAUAAUCAUGUUCAAGUUCUACUAAAUCUUUGACAGACAAGGAAAUAUAGGAACAAAUCAUGGUUCUACACAUCAAAAUAUAACAUAACACAAAAUAAUAUUAAGCAAAUAUGACAAAAAAA